CAGAGUGCUAGGAUAAACACUAGCAUUUUACAACUGAGUUUACAAACACAGUAUUUGGGUUUCAGACUUCUCUUGAAAAUUAGGAAAAUGUGGCAACAAGGAGUCCAAAUAUCCACAGGGCAGCUAUCAGCUGAGCCCAGCAGCAGAUGCCACUCUCUUUAGAUGACACAUGUCCUUUUCCAUUUGUGGCAGUCCAUGUGCCUCAUAAUCAGAUAAGUUCACUGAUUUAUAUUAUUGUGUCUGGCCUCUAUGGCCAUUAGAAUUAGAAAUUUAUGGUUUUUUUCUUUUUCUUUAUUGGGGGAGACACUCGGGAGAGGAUUCAGCUUGUUCAGAUUUCAAGAGAUCUGUUUAACUAAGGAAUUUUUUUCCACCCUGGCCAAAUCAUAAAUUUUGGUUGGUGUUUUAUAUGUAUUGAUAAACAGGUUGAAAGAAGAAAUGUAUACAUUAACUCACAGUCUAGUUGUGACAUGUAUAUUUGUGGUAAUCAAAUAAAAAUACUUAGCAUUUAUUUACUUCUCAAAGGUCAUUAUAAUACUCCAGGUAACUACAGAAUUAAGAGCUGCGUAUACCAUGUAUUUGUACCCGUCUAGGUCCCAGGCCAGUGAAAUGAAAAGUCUAUUUACGUCGCCCCCUCUUCCCUCCAUCUCCUAUCAAGAGAGGAGCGCUACAGGAAGAAGUCAUUCUCUAGAUGGGCGUUUAGCGACUGAGUAGAAAAGAAUUCUCGACCGGGAACCGGGCGGACGCAAAGCAUCAGAAUCAACCAGCGGAGCCAAGCGGACAGCAGACAGACCCGUUGCCCGGCACCGCCUUCUUUGCGGCGCCCCACCCUGGGGCGGAGCACCUGCCCGGCCCCGGGCGUGUUCCUGGAGCAGGUUUCCGGAGGCCUUGUACGCAGGCGCGGGGAGCUGCUGGCAGAGAGCCAGCUGCGACGGAGCUAGCAGUCUCCCACUCUGGAUAGCAUGGGGCCGGGGGAAGAGCGGCCGGUGCAGGCGGGCGGGUACCAAGGGGUCUCCCAGCUGGAGCUGCUGAAGCUGCGCGCCGCGGAGCGCAUCGACGAGGCGGCCGAGCGGCUGGGGGCUCUGAGCCGCGCCAUCUGGAGCGAACCCGAGCUGGCCUACGAGGAGCACCAUGCCCACCGCAUGCUGACACGCUUCUUCAAGCAGGAGCUGCCAGCCGCGUCCUGGACGGUGCAACCGCACUACCGGCUGCCCACGGCCUUCCGCGCCGAGUGGGAGCCGCUGAGGGGACGGGCGCCGAGCGCCGCGCCGGGCCAGCUGCACCUGGCCUUCCUCUGCGAGUAUGACGCGCUGCCGGGCAUCGGCCACGCCUGCGGCCAUAACCUCAUCGCUGAGGUCGGGGCGGCGGCUGCGCUGGGUGUGAAGGGGGCCCUGGAGGGUCUCCCUGGGCCGCCUCCGCCCGUGAAGAUAAUCGUCCUGGGAACCCCUGCAGAAGAAGAUGGUGGUGGCAAAAUUGAUCUAAUUGAAGCAGGGGCUUUUAAAAAUCUUGACAUUGUUUUUAUGGCCCAUCCAUCCCAAGAGAAUGCUGCUUAUCUACCAGAUAUAGCGGAACAUGAUGUGACUGUGAAAUAUUAUGGAAAAGCGUCUCAUGCUGCUGCUUAUCCCUGGGAGGGAGUAAAUGCGUUAGACGCUGCCGUUCUGGCCUACACCAAUCUGUCCACAUUAAGACAGCAGAUGAAACCCACCUGGAGAGUUCAUGGUGUAAUAAAAAAUGGUGGUGUAAAACCCAAUAUCAUUCCCUCUUAUUCUGAAUUAAUCUAUUACUUCCGUGCCCCCUCGAUGAAAGAGCUUCAAGUUUUGACCAAAAAGGCAGAAGAUUGCUUCAGAGCUGCAGCUUUGGCCACGGGGUGCACAGUGGAAAUUAAAGGUGGAGCACAUGAUUAUUACAAUGUCCUUCCCAAUAAGAGCCUGUGGAAAGCUUAUAUGGAAAAUGGAGAAAAGCUGGGGAUAGAAUUCAUUUCAGAAGAUACAAUGUUGAGUGGCCCUUCAGGAUCUACUGAUUUUGGAAAUGUGACUUUUGUGGUUCCUGGAAUUCAUCCAUAUUUUUACAUUGGGUCUAAAGCCUUGAAUCAUACUGAGCAAUACGCUGAGGCUGCAGCACUGGAUGUUAUUUUUAAACCAGAGUUGCUGGAAAAAAUCAGGGAGGACUUUAAAUUAAAACUACAAGAAGAACAAUUUUUAAAUACAGUAGAAUAAAAGGAGGAUGUAGUAGCCACCUUUGAAUCAUUAAGAAGCCACGAUGAUUUUUUUAAAUGAAGGGGAGGACAUGCUUGAUUUUUCAGUCCUAAAGAAGUCAAAUUUCUACUACCUGAUAAGUAAGGACAGGAUGUGGAGAAAACGUAUUACCUCAUAUCUAAAGUGAAAAUUUUUGCAAUUCUAUGCUUGAUGGAAUUGUGAUAUUUCUGAAGCCAGUUUGUGGUGCCAUUUCUUAAAUAAGCUGAAUGAUAUACAGUUUACGAAUGAUAAUACUUCAUAAAUUUAUAUGUUAUAUCUAUUUUUUAAAUCAAAGAGAUUUCAAGCCUUCUAUUCAGAAAUGACAUCUAUAAUCCUGCAAUCAAUCCAUGGCUAGACAUCCACCCAGAAGAAAAAAACAAUCAUUUUACCAUAAGAAUAU